AGCAAAGAAAAGAAUUGGAGGCCUGUCAGAGCAGAAAGAAGCCUGAGGUCUCAGCCCAAGAUGAAACACGGAAGAGAAAGAAAAGGUCUAAUGGUACCAUGAACCAGAAGGGGUCCAGCUGCCAAUUCAGUGCUAAGACAUCUCAUAAAGUUCCAGCAUUCUUGAAAAGGCAUAAAUGUGUGGAAUGUGGGAAGUGCUUCCAUUGGAGUAGUUCACUAACUGUCCAUCAAAGGGUUCACACAGGGGAGAAGCCGUAUAACUGCUUGGAGUGUGGAAAGUGCUUCUCUUAUUAUAGCAACCUAAAAGCACAUCAAAAUAUUCAUACUGGGGAGAAGCCAUAUAACUGCUUGGAGUGUGGAAAGUGCUUCUCUCAGAUCAGCCAGCUAAGGAGACAUCGAAAGUGUCACACAGGGGAGAAGCCAUACAAAUGUUCACAGUGUGGAAAGUGCUAUUCCCAGAUUAGCCAUCUAAGAAUACAUCAAAAGAGUCAUACUGGGGAGAAGCCAUAUAAAUGCUUGGAGUGUGGAAAGUGUUUCUCUUGGAAUGCUCAGCUAACUGCACAUCAAAAGUUUCAUACUGGGGAGAAGCCAUAUAUAUGUUUAGAAUGUGGAAAGCGCUUUUCUCAGAGAAACAACCUAAGGAUACAUGAAAAGAUUCAUACUGGGGAAAAGCCAUAUAAAUGCUUGAAGUGUGGAAAGUGCUUCUCUCAGAAUGGCUCCCUAAAAGCACAUCAAAAGAUUCAUACUGGGGAGAAGCCAUAUAAAUGCUCUGAGUGUGGAAUGUGCUUCUCCCAGAAUGGCAACCUGACUGCCCAUCAAAAGAUUCAUACUUGGGAGAAGCCAUUCAAAUGCUUGAAGUGUGGAAAGUGCUUCUCUCGGAAUGACACCCUAAAAACACAUCAAAUGGUUCAUACUGGGGAGAAGCCAUUUAAAUGCUUGGAGUGCGGAAAGUGCUUCUCCCAGACUGGCAGCUUGACUGCACAUCAAACAAUUCAUACUGGGGAGAAGCCAUUCAAAUGCUUGGAGUGCGGAAAGUGCUUCUCUCGGAAUGGCAUCCUAAAAGCACAUCAAAAGAUUCAUACUGGAGAAAAGCCAUAUAAAUGCUUGGAGUGUGGAAAGUGCUUCUCUCGGAGUGACAACCUAAAAGAACAUCAGAGGAUUCAUACUGGGGAGAAGCCAUAUAUAUGCACUGAGUGUGGAAAAUGCUUCUCCCUCAAUGGCAGCCUAAUUGUACAUCAGAAGGUUCAUACUGGGGAGACACCAUAUAACUGCUUAGAGUGUGGAAAGGGAUUCUCUCAGAGCAGCCACCUAAGGAGACAUCGAAAGGUUCACACAGGGGAGAAGCCAUACAAAUGUUUAGAGUGUGGAAAAUACUUUUCUCAGAGUAGCUACCUAAAGAUACAUCAAAAGUGUCAUUCUGGGGAGAAGCCAUAUAAAUGCUUAGAGUGUGAAAAGUGCUUCUCCCAGAAUAACAGCCUAACUGCACAUCAAAAGAUUCAUACCAAGGAAAAGCCAUAUAAAUGCUGUGAGUGUGGAAAGUGCUUCUCCCACAAUGGCAGCUUGAAUGCACAUCAAAAGAUUCAUACUGGGGAGAAGCCAUUUAAAUGCUUGGAGUGUGGAAAGUGCUUCUCUCGGAAUGACAACUUAAAAGAACAUCAAAAGAUUCAUACUGGGGAGAAGCCAUAUAAAUGCUUGGAGUGUGGAAAGUGCUUCUCUCGGAAUGACACCCUAAAAGCACAUCAAAAGAGUCAUACUGGGGAGAAGUCAUAUAAAUGCUUGGAGUGCGGAAAGUUUUUUUCCCGGAAUGACAUCUUAAAAGCACAUCAAAAUAUUCAUACUGGGGAGAAGCCAUAUAAAUGCGUGAAGUGUGGAAAGUGCUUCACCCAGGAUAGCAGUUUAAGGUCACAUCAAAAUAUUCAUACUGGGGAGAAGCCAUUUAAAUGUUUGGAGUGUGGAAAGUGCUUUUCUCGGAAUGACUUUUUAAAAGCACAUCAAAAUAUUCAUACUGGGGAGAAGCCAUAUAAAUGCUUGGAGUGUGGAAAGUGCUUCUCCCAAAGUGGCCACCUAAGGUCACAUCAAAAGAUUCACACAGGGGAGAAGCCACAUAAAUGCUUGGAGUGUGGGAAGUGCUUCUCCCUUAAUGGCAGCCUAAGAGCACAUCAGAAGAUUCAUCGUGGGGACUUCUGGUGA